AUGAUCUUGCGAGGAUUCGGCAAAGUGGACCUUGACCCGAUUUCCUUUGACAACAACUCACUGCCAGUCAUCGCGGCCGCAGAGGCUGCUCAGUUCAAUGGCUUCUACCAGUUCGAGCCGCUGUUUUACCACAAGAGUUUCGACCGCUUCGUUCCUUGGGAGCAGCGUGAGAAGACGAUGGUUUUCAGUUGUACGCUCGGGUGCAGCGCUUACAACACGACAGCGAAGGAGGUGAAGCUUGCUCUAGUCCACGCCUCUCUCGACGGCAAAAGAUACAGUUGGUAUCUGACCGAGUUUCGAGACGAGGAUGCCAAUUCACCGAUUAUCUAUGCCAGAACCAAGCUCAGGAAGUGGCCAACCUACCGUGUUCCUUGGUUGACCGUGACACCUGGCGGUGACCUGAAACCUCGAGAUUUGGAGGAGGUCGACAUGAUCACUGCCUGGGAUGCCUUGCGCUUUGACACUCCGUUGAAGUGGGGUGUGACAGCCGUUCUGGUUGGAGGAAUCGUCCUUUGGUGCAGAUCGAAAGAGAAGGACGACUAA